CAAGGUGAACCGAUUGCUCACGAAUAGACCAUUACUAGCUAAAAAUAAGGAUAUCAGUCAGCGAUAAAUACAGAUUAAAGUCUUUUGUCUGGUUUUGAUGGCUAUCCUAGCCCUCUUCUGUGAUUAUCCAUCAUGGGAAGCCAAGGUAACGUGUAUAGCUCUUCAUCAGUCGGAUUUUCAUCGUCGAAAAAUGAAAUUAAGCCAAAGACAGCAGGGAUACUACGUGUAAUGCCAUGUACUGUGUCUCAGCUCCUAUCAGCCAGAGAACACAGAGACUCAUUCUUUAUAAGAGACAUGGAGCUCAACCAGGUGACUGUGGUGGGUUUGAUCAGAAGGACCAAAGCGACUCUUACACACCUUGUGUACUCUGUGGAUGAUAUGACUGGCCCCCCUAUGGAUAUCAAACUGUGGCUGAAUCUUGAGGUGAUUCUCACUGCCUGGAGUUUAGCAGGGAAAUUGAAUGCCUUCAUUUUGCUGGAAGCAAGAACUUGGGGAGAUGGUUCCAGGCAGGAUGUCAGUAUGAAUCAUUGUGUCAUUCCUUCUGGGACAUACAUCAAAGCUGUGGGAAGCCUACGCUCCUUUCAGCACCACAGAUCCAUGGUAGCGUUCAACAUCCGCUGUCUGGAUGACUUUAAUGAGAUCACGUCACACAUGCUGGAGGUGAUUCGGGCCCAUCUGGAUAGCGAAAGCAGCUCAAAUAGUCUGAUAAACACAUCACAUGCAAGUGACCCAGCCACCAUUGGUUUUACAGCCAAUCAGAAGCGGGUAUAUACUUCGAUUAAGAUGUGUCCUUUGCCGGAGGGCAUCAGUAUGCAGUGCCUGAGAAAUUCGCUCAAAUAUCUCUCCUCCUAUGACAUCAGGAAUUGCCUUCAGUUUCUUAUAAAUGAAGGGCACAUUUUUUCCACAGUUGAUGACUACCAUUUCAAGUGUACUAAUGGCUAAAGUCAUUUGGAGACUUCAAUCUUUUAUUUUUGUUUCUAAUAGACAAAUAAAACACAUUUGUCUGGCCUUGUAUAUUCAAGUUGUUUACAUUGUGAAAAC